AUGUCGUCGUCGGUUGAUCCAAGUAUUUCGACUCCUUCAACCACUAUUAAUGAAUCUUCUAUUGGAACUGAAAAUACUAGAACAGGUCGUAAUAAUAAAUCUAAAGGCCCAAAUCCAAAUGAAAGGCGAGAACUCGCUACAAAAAAUGAAAGUCAAUCUAAUAGUUCGAUUCUUGAUUCAAAUCAAAGCAAUGCUGCUUCAAAUAGUGAAACAAACAGAUUUCGUUCAAAGAAUCCAAAGAAUCCUCAAUCAGUGGACAGAAAUAAUAAUGAACCUAAAAUUGACGAAUCCGAUCCUAAAGGAAAAAGACCUAUUGUUUCUAUAACAGAAGCAUCAUCAUCAAAUCUUAGAACUUCUCUUCAUCAUAUGCGUCCAAAGAAUUCAUCAAUAAAUAAAUUUCCUAAAGAAAUUAAGGACGUUCUUACAUCUAUCACACAUGGUCUAUCAACGUCGACAUAUGAAUGUAUGAUCUGUUGUGAGAAUAUACGUCCUUAUAAUAAAACUUGGUUUUGUGGAGUAUGUUGGGCAGUUUUUCAUCUUAAUUGCACUCAAAAAUGGGCAAAUAAGUCAUUUAACGACUCUACAUCAUGGCGUUGUCCAGGCUGCCAGAAUCGAUGUGAUGUCAUUCCGGAAGUAUACAAAUGCUUUUGUGGAAAAACAGAAAAUCCGUCUAAUAAUCGAUAUUUUACUCCUCAUAGUUGUGGGAAUGUUUGUGGCAGAAAACGUGAUUGUCCUCAUGAUUGUACUUUGUUAUGUCAUCCUGGACCUUGUCCUCCAUGCUCUGCUAUGGCACCUACUCAAUAUUGUUAUUGUGGUCGAAAGACCUUUAGACUUAGAUGUAUCGAUACAGAUUAUGAUAAUGGCAAGUCUUGUGGUGAAAUAUGUGGUCAACUGUUAGGCUGUGGUAAACAUUCUUGUGAGAAGGAAUGUCAUGAUGAAACUUGCCCUAAAUGUAAUAUAAUUGAAAUACAAAAAUGCUAUUGCGGACAAACAGAACGAGAAGCAAGAUGUAGUGAUGGAAUAGCUAUUCAUUGUUACGAAGAAUGUAAUGGCGAAUCUAGUACUUGGACUGGCUUUUUCUCAUGUAAAAAUGCUUGUAGCAGACUGUUGGAAUGUGGUCAUCAUUCCUGUGCAAAAGAGUGUCACCCUGUUACUGGUGAUGUUGAACCUUGUCCAUUAGAUCCAUCACGAGUGCAGACAUGUCCAUGUGGUUCUAAAAGCAUAAUUUCUUUACUUGGACAUGAAAGAUUAUCUUGUACUGAGGAAAUACCACUUUGUGAUAAUAUAUGCAAAAAGUCGCUUUCAUGUGGUCAUGAGUGUCAAGGGACAUGCCAUCAUGGUGAUUGUAAGCCUUGCAAUGUACGUAUACGCGUCAAAUGUCGUUGUGGAAAUAUGGAGUAUGAACGGAUUUGCUUUGAGGUAGUUGGCGAGACUGGGGAACCACCUAUUUGUGAUAAAAUUUGUAAUGGCGUUAGAAAUUGCGGAAGACAUCAAUGCGUUACUCGAUGUUGUCCCUCUGCAAAUAAACCUAAAAAGAGACGAGGCGAAACACAAGAUGAUGACGAUGAGAAUCAUCGUUGUCCUUUAAUUUGUGGAAAGAAAUUACAAUGUGGUAAUCACUUUUGUCAAUUGUUGUGUCAUAGAGAAUAUUGUAUGAAUUGUUUAGAAGCAUCAUUUGAGGAAUUAACUUGUCCUUGUGGACGUACAAAGAUUGAACCACCAAUUCCAUGUGGAUUCAAAAUUCCUUCAUGCCCUUAUUCUUGUAUUAGGAACAGAGAGUGUGGUCAUUCAGAUAUUGCACAUCCUUGUCAUUCUGAUGAAGAGCCUUGCCCACCUUGUCCUUUCUUAGUGAACAAAAAAUGUAUGUGUGGUAAAUCCGAGGUUAGAAACGUACCUUGUCAUAGAACAAAUGUAAGUUGCGGUCAAGUAUGUGAUUUGCCAGUUAAUUGUGGAGGUCAUCGUUGUAAACGCACUUGUCAUUCAGGUGAUUGUUUAGUAACAAAUCAGAGUACUUCUGGUAAAUGUAUUCAAACUUGUGGAAAACCACGUAAAGUUUGUGGUCAUCCUUGUUCUGCACAAUGUCAUGCCCCAGCAAGAUGUCCUGAAGAUGUACCAUGCCGGGUCAAAAUUGUUAUUAAUUGUAAAUGUGGUCAUCUUUCACAAGAAGUAUCUUGUAAUGUUACAGCAGAAAAUGGCUUAGAAAAGAAAAUUAGACAAUUAACUUGUAAUGAUUUUUGUGCUUUAGCCGAAAGAAAUAAAAAAUUAGCAGAUGCAUUAGAGAUUACUGAUCGUGUUGGUGAUGGACCUUUUAUUAAAGCUGUUCCGGAAUAUGAGGAGGAUCUAUUUAAAUAUUUUGCUGUUAACAAGGAAUGGGCUAAAAAUAUUGAAAAAACCUUGGGAGAUUUUAUUAUGAAGUCAGAAAAACCUACAUUAAACUUGGCACCGAUGAAGUCACCUCACCGAAAGUUUAUUCAUAUGCUAUGUGUUCAUUAUCGAUUGUCAUCAGAGGGUGUUGAUGUCGAACCUAUGAGAAGUGUCGUAGUGAAAAAGAAAGCCGAUACUAUAAUUCCACCAAUCCUCCUUUCACAAGCGUAUUAUAAUUAUAAUAACAAAUCAAGCAAUAGCGCUGCUUCUACAACUGCACUUGAACAAUUAGUGCGUAAACCAAAACAACCAGUUAAUGCAAUUUAUUUAGUAGAAUUACAAUUUGGAAUAACAAUAGAAGAACUACAAAAAGUUAUAGAACCAUUAAUGGGAAGAUGUAAGUUUCAGAUUAAAUGGGUAUCAGAUGCUGACGCAAUUAUUUUACCAUCAGUUGGUUCUUCUAUUCAUAUGGAUGAAUUGGAAAAUUUUUUAGUAAAGCUAAAAUUUUUAUUCAAAGAUCUUAUAAUUCCCAAAGGGAUUGCUGCAUGGGUAGAACUUUGUUGGGUAAAUUCUAAAUUUGAAGUAGUGUGGCGUGACAGAGUAAAAAUCUUAAACAAUGUUAAUGGGCCUGCUAAAAAUAUGAAUGAAGGGCAUCCAAGGAUUCCUUUGGUUCCAUCGGUUCCUUCUUCAAUUAGGAAUAUUAAUCCUUUUGAAAUUUUAUCGAAUGCAUCCAACAAUACUUCCAGUGGUACUACAAAAGGUGGUGCGUCUAUUUGGGAUAUUGGUAUUGGCAGUAGCAGUAGCAGUAGUGGCAAUAAUAAUAAUAAGUCAUCAUCUCUUAAAAAGCAACCACCUACAGUUCAUUCAGUUAAUGAAGAGGAUAUAGUUGAUGACUGGGAAUUAAUAUGUGAUGAAUGA